AUGGAAAAAAAACCAAUCGUUCGUCACCGUAUUAUUCGUCUGAUUAUUGCUCAUCUUCUAUGUGCUAUUCAUAUGGGCCUUUCAAUAUAUGUUCUUUAUACUAUAAAGGUUAAAACAAAGUUAUAUUUUAUUCCUAUGUUUGGAACAAUAUUUUUUGGUGUUGAAGCCAUUAUAUCAUUCGCAUUAUAUCGAUGUAAAGAAUAUUUUCGUGGUUUUUCAAUUCUUAUAUUUGUUUAUUCAGCAACAAUAAUUACUUCAAUAUGGGUACUUGAAUUACAUCGAAUUAAUCAACUUAAACAAGAUGCAUGGAAAACUGUUCCAAUAUUAUUUACUAAUGUUCCAACUCAAUUUGGUGGUAUACAAAAACCAUCGAUUAAUCCAAAAGAAUUUUUAAAAAAUUUUAAAUAUAUAUGGUCACAAAUUGAAAUACAAGUUUUUCUAUUUCUUCUUCUUAUACUUCGUGCAUUAUUACCUAAACAAGAUUCAAUAUCAUAUUUUGGUAAAACAGAUUUAUUAUUUAAAUAUUUUACAACAGGUAUGGAUUCAUUAGAUUUUAUUGAUUUAUUAUCAUAUCCUCAACUUUAUUCAAAUUCAAGUCUUGUUUAUGUAACUUUAAUUGUAUGGUCAAUAAGUUGUUUACAAUUUGUUAUUUAUGUUCCUGAAGUUAGUAAUAAUAGAUUAAAAGAAUUACAUUCAUUUUUAACUAAUUCACUUUUAAUAACAUUUCUUAUGGAUAUACCUUUUCUUAUUGUACGUUUAUAUGCUAUAUUUGGUUGUGGUAGUCAUGAUUAUACAAGUUAUUUUUUUGUUUUUAAAAAUAUUCUUCUUAUAUUAUUACAAAUAGCACGUAUACAAGCAAUUAUUAUUGAACGAAAUCAUCAUCGAAAAGAUGAAUUAUCUAAACUUACUUAUAUACCACAAUCACCAUUUAAUACACGUGCUAAAUCACAUCAAUUAACAUCUGUACCAUUGUCAAAUAAAAAUCAAUCGGGAGCUCGAAUUAUUUUGUCAAAUUAUUGGCAAAAUAGACAACCAGGUGAUGGUGGAAUUACCAAUACGAAAAAUUUUACUUAUGUUUAA